GUUAAUGUGAAGUGGGUCAAUAGAUUAUUGUACCGCAGUCUAAAGAAGCCAUGUUUUAGGGCGUGAAAGUAAACUUUUAAACAUGGCUUCGGGGUUUGCUCAGCACUACGUGGAAUGUACAACAUGCGAUAGCAAUGCUGAAUACUACUGCAACACUUGUCAGUUUGACUUGUGUCAGGCCUGCAAAGAGACCCAUCAGCGAAAGAAGAAAACGGAAAACCAUGAGGUCGUUCUGUAUAGAGAAAGAGAAGAAAAAGUACAAGAAAGGUGCAGCACGCAUAGUGACAAAAUAUACAACGCUUGCUGCAAAGAAUGCGAACUACCCGUAUGUAUAAAAUGUAUAACAGAAAGCCAUUCGUGUCACGCCAUUGUGGAAAUUGAAGACAUUUUCAAUCAGAAGCUUGAAGUGUUUAACAAACAAAUACAAGACUUGAAAGAAAAAAUAAUUCCACAGUGUGAGGAUGUUCAAAAGAAUAUAAGCAAAGAAAUUGAAAACUGCAGGAAAACACUCUCACAAAUUCGAUCAGAUUUAUUAACUACCGCUCAAUCCAUUAAAGACCUAGUGGACUUCAUACUUAAAGAGAAAACGGAAAAAGUAAGUAAACUUGAAGAAAAUCUUAUGAAGGAAUUGCAAUCUCAUGAAAAAGAGAUGAAGACAUACACCAACGGUCUGAAUUCCAUCAUCGAAGACUUCGAAGAUCUAAGGAGAACAGAUAAAAAGGCCGAGUUUAUCAUUAAACACAAAGAAAAAUUACAAAUAAUCCCCUUACAGUCGCUUGGUAACAUGUUUUAUACUCCGCCUCCAUCAUUCACGCCGUGUCCUGUAUCCAAGGAGCAGAUAGAGAAAUUGUUUGGGGAUAUUGCUGAAGAGUCACAAAUACCUUUACCGUGUACAUCAGAUCUGCAUCACCUUGUUCAUGAAGCGAGUUUUUUCCCCAGUUUUGAAAUAGCCAAAACUUCUGAAGAAAUUGGUGAUAUUGGUGUGUCCGGUGUUAAUGUCAUACGCCAUAUUGUUUUCCAAGAUGAAAAUACUUUCUGGGUCAAUGAUGGGACCGGAUGUCUAAAACAGACAGACUUGCAAGGAAAAAUAUUACAAACGAUCAAACCUGCCUCUAAUGGAGACGGCAUUCAUACAUUCACAGAACAAGGAAUUCUAUAUAUUGCACCGAAUAAACGUAAUAUACACUUAUCAGACCGGGAGGGAAAAGUAAGAGAUCUCAUUACUGUUAAUGAUUGGGAUUUAUGUAGUGUCCACAAAAGUCGUUUGAAUGGCGAUAUCUUUGUUGGAAUGAGGAAAGAAUCUACAACAGCUCGAGUCACGAGGUUCAAUGAAAAUGGCAAAGUUCUUCAACACGUCCAAGUUGAUAAACAUACAAUCGGACCAUAUCCACAUCCACACUUCAUAACAGAAAACAGGAAUGGCGAUGUAAUAGUGACAAAUAAUGGAAACAGAAAGGUUGUAGUUGUAAUGGACAGUUCUGGAAGAUACAGAUUCACCUAUACAGGGAAUCCAGAAAGCUCGAUAGGAAAUCCCUGGGGAGUAGUGACGGAUAUUCUAAAGAAUAUUCUUAUCUGUGACAGUGAUAAUAAAAAGAUCCAUAUUAUCAACGAAGAUGGCGUGUUUCUCGAAUACAUAGAAGUACCUAAUAUGUACGGUUUUCUUAGUGCUGUAGAUGUUGAUGACAUGCACAACGUCUGGGUGGGAUUUUCGAAAUCUGGUACAAUAAGAAAAUUUCGAUAUCUUCAAGAAUUCCAAAAGUCUACAUGCAGUUUUGAUAAGCUUACUUAAUUUGACGUUAUAUUUUUUAAAACCAUUAAAGAUCAAAUUCCAUUAUACUGAGUAGGACUUUCUAAGAUUAAAAAUGAUAUGCUUAGCACUUGAUCCCAGUUAUGAUGUUUUGGAGAACUGUGUUUGCUCUGCUUUUAGUUUGUGAUUAUUUUCCUUACAUAAACGAGGACUGCCAGGAAUUUUUCAUGAUUUUUUAAAAAUCACCAUAGUUUUGUGCAUUACUCUGAAAACUCUUUAAUUUAAGGUUCCUCCACACCCCGUGACUUGUGAUAUCGAGAAAAAAUACUUUUACUUUGGUUUAUAUAGUUUGUGCACUA